UUGGAAUUUUGGAUCAACCUCUCUUUUGACUUUUCUAUAAGCUUUAACUUCCAAAACACACACACACACACACACACACACACACACACAGUAUUCAUGCAAAGGAUCCACACACCCCCAACUGCCUAUCUGCCAUCCACUUGAGUUCAAUUUUUUUCCUCCCCCUCUUAAAUGCUUGGUUUUACCACUAUUUCAUACUUAUUCAACUCUUGAAAAGGUAUUUAAAAUCCACCUUACCCCUCUUCCUCCAUUAUUGCUCUGCUUCUCUCCACUUCAUCAAAUAGUACUACUUCUUCCAGCUGCUGCUCCCCUUUAUAAAAAGAUCUCUCAAACCCCAGAAUAAUCUAUCAAAGGCAAAAAAAAGAAGAUAAUUUUUAUCUGUCUUGAAGCUAUGAAUUCCAGAACUACGUUUCUGUUGGCCAUCUUGCUGAUCACGGCCACCUUGUCCAUUGCAGCAAGAACCGACCCGGAUCAUCACCCACAGGGUCACACCACCAAAGAGAAGAAAACCGAGAAAGGCCGCGGCGCCGGCGAUGGUGGUGGAUUCGGGGGGUACUACGGACCCGGAGGCGGGUUUAACAUUCCCGGGUUCGGGAGUGGGAUCCCAGGCGGCGGGUUCGGUGGCGGGUACGGAUCCGGUUAUGGAGGUCCGAACGGAGGGUACGGCAAAGGAGGGAUUGUUAGGCCCACCGUGGUGUGCAAAGAAAAGGGACCCUGUUACAAGAAGAAGCUGACCUGUCCGGCCAAGUGUUUCAGCUCCUACAGCCGUUCCGGCAAGGGGUUCGGAGCUGGCGGCGGCGGCGGUGGAUGCACCAUGGACUGCUCCAAGAAAUGCAUUGCUUAUUGCUGAAUCCGUAAGUCGUGGGCUUACUAUAUGUGUAACGAUGAAUGAAUGGAUGAUGGAUCUCUCUGGCUGGCUGUUUGCUUAUGUAUGGGUUUUGCUUUAAAUUUUUAUUUUUAUUUUUAUUUUUUUUAAAUCUAAUAUUUUUAGUACUACGUUAUUAGUACAACUAUUUCCUAUCUACUAGUUGAGUGAGUUUCAGUAUCUUUCUCGAUGUGAAAUACUUAUGUAUGUAUGAGACCCAAUUACUGCGCUUUUUGGGGUUGUUGCUUGUGUACUACUACUAUUAUCGAAAUGAGCUUUUUGAUUAUGUCUAUCAGCCAGCUGACAGUUGAUGGUAUUUGGGUUGGCAUCUUUUCAGAAUAAAUUCACCAUAUGAGGUUCAUGGAGGAAAUGUGUUUUUUUUUUUCUUCUUUCUCUUUGGUUGAGAAAACACAUCUGCAUUAAAGAUCAACGAAAAUGGUAUACGAGAAACGAGGUUAGGAAGACUACUACACAACAGUGACAAUUGCAUCCGAGUUUUUGAUGAACUUAGGCUCAUGGAGGAAUGGCUUACAUAUGGUUUGCUUUGACGUUUCUACUCUAACUCGUAGCUGAAUAGUAGUAUCUGAUUUUGCAAGUUCCAUAACGGGCAGAGGGAAUUUGAGAGCUCACAGACAUUUUUUUGAGAACUUUCAUGUCCGUCACAAUGUGAAUCAUUUCUGUUUCUUUGUUCAUCAUGAUGAGAAUAUUCGUUAUUCAUGAAAUUAAGGGCGAUUUUGCUUUGCCAGCUAAAAAGGCUGCAUUUUGUCCUUAUGGCCGGUGAUCCUUUAUCUUUUUCUCCGGCAGACCAAAUCAGUUUCGAUUCAUCAUAUA